CCAGAGGGAGAACCACGGCGUGCCCGAGCUGGGAGCAGGCGAGGGAAGAGCCGGGAUGAACCUCCUGCCAUCCUUCUCGUUUGAGACCUGGGCCCUCGUGCUCCUUUUUGUAGCACUCCUGACACUAUAUGGGAUCUGGCCGUAUGGUUUUUUCAAGAAGUUAGGCAUUCCUGGGCCAAGACCUUUGCCUUUCUUUGGGACAUGCCUGGAAUACCGCAAAGGUUUCUUGGAGUUUGACAAUGAGUGCUUCAAGAAGUAUGGGAACGUCUGGGGGUUUUACGACGGCAGGCAGCCCGUGCUGGCCGUCAUGGACCCCCAGAUCAUCAAAGCCGUGCUCGUCAAAGAGUGCUACACCACCUUCACCAACCGCAGGCACGUGGACCUGGCAGGGGUGCUCACCGAUGCUGUCUCGCUGGCCGAGGACGAGCACUGGAAGCGGCUUCGUACCGUGCUCUCCCCAACCUUCACCAGUGGGAAGCUAAAGGAGAUGUUUCCCAUAAUAAAGCAAUACGGGGAAGCCUUGGUGAAAAACCUCCAGAAGGAAGGGCAAAAGGACCAGCCUAUAGACAUAAAGGAGAUCUUUGGAAGCUACAGCAUGGAUGUUGUCACCAGCACCUCAUUUGGCGUGAACAUUGAUUCCAUGAACAACCCCAAGGAUCCCUUUGUCCGAGAGAUGAAGAAGCUCGUCAAGUUUGACUUUUUUGAUCCACUCUUCAUUCUGCUAUUUGUUUGCCCAUUCAUUGGUCCUCUUCUUUCCAAGAUGAAUGUAAGCUUCUUCCCCAAGGAUGCUGUAGAUUUCUUCAUGAGGUCUAUCUCCAAAAUUAAGAAGGAUCGUGAAAAGGAGGCACACCAGGGCAGAGUGGAUUUUCUGCAGAUGAUGAUUGAAUCCCAAAACUCAACCACUCGCAGCAACGAUGGCACGAAUCACACCUAUAAAGGCUUGACUGACACGGAGGUCCUGUCCCAAGCAUUUAUUUUCAUCUUUGCUGGGUACGAGCCCACCAGCAACACACUUUCCUAUCUGGCGUAUGAACUGGCCACACACCCUGACGUCCAGAAAAAACUGCAGGACGAAAUCGACUCUAUUUUGCCCAAUAAGGCUCCACUCACGUACGAUGCAGUGAUGCAAAUGGAAUACCUUGACAUGACGGUGAAUGAAACCCUCCGGCUCUUCCCUCUUGGAGGACGACUCGAAAGAACCUGCAAGAAGAGCAUAGAAAUAAAGGGCGUGACCAUUCCCGAGGGGACUAUUGUUAUGAUCCCACCCUACACCCUGCACCGCAACCCCGAGCACUGGCCAGAACCCGAGGAGUUCAGACCAGAAAGGUUCAGCAAGGAGAACAAGGGGGCCAUAGAUCCAUAUACGUUCCUGCCCUUCGGAGCGGGUCCCAGGAACUGCAUCGGGAUGCGCUUUGCUCUCCUGACUCUGAAAGUGGCCAUCGCCAUCCUGCUGCAACACUUUGACUUCCGUACCUGCAAGGAGACUCCGAUCCCUCUCGAGCUGAGUUCACAGGGAUUCCUAAAACCCAAGAAACCUAUUUUUCUGAAGCUAGUGCCUAGGACAGAAGCAUAAAAUCCAGAGGAUUUUGCAACAGUCCUCCAGAAUCUGAUGGAUCCUGUGCCAACAAGGAUUCACACACCUCAGGAAAGCUCUUGCAUACGUAUACAGAAGAAGAGCUCUCAUUAAUUCUGGAGGCAAUUCCCACAUAUUUACCCCCAAACAUAGCUACCAGCAAUGUACUGGGAAUCACUGGGCAGUGGCAAUGUGCAACCAUCCUUGUUUUGGUUGCAGAACACGGGAAAUAAAUCCAACCAAGGAACUGAUCAGCCACUCACUUCUAGGGGGACUUCUCCAUCUGGAGAGACAGUCACAUCCAAGAGAAACAAGGGUGAUGGAAAGGGAAAUCACUAGACCUAGCCAGGCAGAGAUGGGGGUGUUCUUCUUGGGU